GCCGCGGAGCUCCCGCCCCUCCCCCGCGGGCUGGGCGGUCACCCUUGGGCUCGCGCUUCCCCGCGCGUCUUCGCCGCUGCCGGUAUCGAUUUGCCUCGCGGCGGGAAGGGGGGAGGGGGCUCGCCCCCGGGAUCUCUGCGGCCGCCCCCCCCGGGAGGAAGCGCUUCCUUUGCUGCGCGGAGGAUGGAUUUCUCUGCAAGGUCAGCUGUGCCUUCGGCUGCGCUGCAGCGCCUUCCCGGCGGCCUUGAAGAUUGGCUCUAAGGGAAAGUUGUUCCUGACCACAUUCCCCUUGAUACAAACAUUGCUCUGCAAGAGUAUUGCUGGAAGAAACUGACUGCAAGCUACAGCUCAAAGAAGUUCCAUGGGGACAGUACCAGAUCCUCUGAGGUCUGCCAAACUUUUGUUGGUUGCUGCUUCUGAAGAGAGAGAUUGCCUGGGAGAUCCGCAAUCCACUAAGCACCAGAACAAACAAGCAAGCAUAGAGAGGAGCAGUAAUGGCAUUUCUUACACCAAGGCUGAAUCUGCUGGAGUUUGCUUGUUUGAUCUGAACUGUACUGUAGUUUCCGAUAUCCAAAGGGAUGAGCACCUCUAUGGGGAUGAUACUAGCAGGCCAGACAUGUUUUUGCCUGAGUUCUUCAGCCAAGCUGAAGAAGUGCCUCCUGCAUGUACCAAGUCGUCCAGUAACUCGGAGCAAACGGGCAGCCGUGACGCCACAGUGCAAGCACAGGUUGUAGCAAAAACCUCUGCAGCUGGACAUGCAACAGAUAUGAUGCCAGCUACCCACAAUUCCAACCAGCUUAUACAAAGCAACCUAUCAAGGAUAAGGUCACUGGCACAAGUUGAUGACUGUGCAGUGAAGGUCUGUGGGAUGAAUAAUCCAGUGGAACUUCAGGAGUUAAAUUAUCCAUCCCUAGACAACACUAUCAAGGGUAGUGAGUCCUGUCACCAUUCUUCUCAGGCAAAUACCCUGCAAAGAAUAGACAUGGAGAAAGAAAAAGCAGUGGAAAUAACUGACCCUGGCUUCUCUCUGGCAGCCACUGCAGUGAGGGACUUUGAAGCUAUUCCUGAUCUGGGAAUCAGGCCGCAGGUUUAUUCAGAAGCAGAGAUAAAGGAUGCAAAUGAUGUGAAAUCCUGUCCCACUUUUAGGACUGCUCUUGCGCAGACCAAUAAGGCUUUGCCACAAUCCGGCCUUGAGGGGACACAGCCCUUGUGCGAGGCAGAGAUGGAGAAAAUAGGACCAGUGCUGCCCCAGCUCUCCAAGUUCAGAGAAGUAGGUACAAUGACAGUCCAGCCUGAGAGCACAUCUUUAACUCGGGAGGCAGUAAUCAAGACAUGGCAUGAUGCUGAGGUUCAGGCAGUGGCCAGUAUGGAGAGCAAAUCUGCUUCCACCAGCCCAAGUAUCCUUGCUGCAUUCCUCAAGGGGAAUCCUCCUUCAGAGGCAAAGGAGCAGUUGCACGUCAUUUAUCAGAGUGGUGGUGGACAGAACCCAUCAGAACUUGUUGACAACUUUGCAUCACUCCAAAAGCCAGCCUGGUGUCCUGGUAUCAUGCCAGAAGGGUACUCUCUGACAGCUGCGAUAGAUGCACUGGAAGCUCAGCCUGCCCAACUGCAAAAGCAUCAAGGAGACGCUCCUGACACCAUCUGUCCAGUGCUGGCAGGUAGCAUAACACCUGUCUGUCCAUGCCAACAAGGAGCCGGGAACACCCAAGGAACACCGGCUGAUAGGGCAGAAACCCAAGUAGCCUGCUUGGCCAGAGACAGCACAGACAUUCCUUCACUGCCAUCAGAUGCUGCAGUCUUACUGAAGGCAAAAUCUGUGUGCCAGAUUACGGUUAACACCAGUAAUCAACCUGCAGCACCUAAGCAGUCUGGAGAUGGUGAACCCCGCCCGUCUCCAUUUACAGCUGUCCCUGAAACAAGCAACAACUUUCUGCACCAAGUCAGUGAUUCAGAAAGUAACCAGUCACCUGGACACGGACACGGUAGUGUACCCCAUGGAACUGAGCAGACAGAGACCCUGUGCAGCGCAGCUGGUAGCAGCACUGAUAGCAAGCCUCUGCAGUUCCCACGUGUUGAUGAAGUGCGAAUCAGUCCGCUUAAUGUCAAAACCGAGAGAAAACCAAAGAAGGAAGAAAAGUUAUUGUUGCGUGAAGCUAAAGGAGGAGUUAACACCAGCACUGGAGCUGCUGCUAGCUCUGUGAAGGUAUAUGCACCACGCACGGUUAAAAUGGAGCAGGAUAAGAUGUUGGAAGAAACUAAUCAGGCAAAGAAGUCCAGCAGCCUGAGUCUGCAAGCUGGAUUGACACCUGAGUUGAAUAUGUAUUCUACCCACGACACCCAUAGGCUGGAGACCCCAACAGCUCCACCAUGUCAAAUUAGCAAGGCCAGUGAAACCAGGAAGGAACCAACAGCUGUUCCUGCCUCUGCUCCACUACUGCCACACCUUGGGGAAAAGAAGAAAAAGCCCACUGUGGCCACGGAGGCCAAAGUACAGGUGCAGCAAUCCAAGCACGUCAGAGAUGUUGUGUGGGAUGAACAAGGCAUGACAUGGGAGGUAUAUGGUGCUUCACUAGACCCAGAGUCACUGGGGAUCGCUAUCCAAAAUCACUUACAAAGACAAAUACGAGAACAUGAGAAACUGAUCAAGGCACAAAGCGCCCAGAACCGGAAAUCGAUUUCCUCGGAUACAUCUUCAAAUAAGAAACUUAAAGGGAGGCAGCAUAAUGUGUUCCAGUCCAUGCUGCAGAACUUUAGGCGACCUAACUGCUGUGUCCGACCUGCUCCUUCUUCUGUGUUAGACUGAUAGGGGUUUGUGUGUCCACACGUACAACCCCCUCUCCCCAAAGGUGGAAAUAAACCCCACUGCUCAGUUGUAUUAUCUGGGAUUAUAAUGCGGUGACCGUGGAAAUUCUUACCGGAAAUUUUAAGAAUAGUCACUACAUUGUCCCUUGAUGAGGUAUCGCCCCUUUGUUAUUUCCAUAGUAGACCCUCACCCAGUCUACCGUCAAAUGAAAAACGAGGCACUUUGCAAAAGCACAAUUUUAAAUUGCCAACUGACUGGAGUGAGAAUGGGAUCUCCUGACUAGACAUGAGGCAGAGAGAAGAAUCGUAUAAGUGUUUCUAAAAAGUGAUUUUUUUUUUGUUGUUUCACAAGGACUAGCAUAAGGUGUGGUGGUGAUUGUUCUUUUUAAUUAAACUAACCUUAAAUAGCUGUAAACACA